AUGGCUUCCCAGCUUUCAAUGCUCUCAUCACGCAUGAAGUCUGCCGCAAAGGUUCUACCGCCAAUUAUUAACACGUCUUUUGGAUCCAAUUUUGAUCAGUUUGGGGAUUACAAAGUUGUUCUAAUAGGUGACGGCAGUCAUGGUACUUCCGAGUUCUACCAGGCUCGUGCAGAGAUUACCAAGCACCUUAUUGAACAUCACGGCUUUGACACAGUAGCUGUGGAAGCCGACUGGCCCGAUGCAGAAUCGGUCGAUCGGUAUGUGAGACUGCGCCCCGGUGUUAAAUCAAAAUUGGAUCCCUCCCCAGAGCCGGCGUUCAGGCGCUUUCCGACGUGGAUGUGGCGUAACAAGGAAAUGCAAGAGUUUGUACAUUGGAUGAGAGAUCAUAACGCACACCUCCCCAAAGAGAGGCGAGCUGGCUUUUAUGGCCUGGAUUUAUACAGUAUGGGUUUAUCCAUCCAAGCCAUAAUCAAAUAUCUCAGUCGGGUCGAUCCGCCUAUGGCCAAACUUGCGCGUCAGAGAUACGGUUGUCUACAACCGUGGGUCGAAGAUCCAUCACAAUAUGGCCUUGCCACUCUGACUAAUCCACGCAUGGAAUCUUGCGAGAAGAAUGUUAUCCAAAUGCUCCGUGACCUCCUCAAUAAACGGCUGGAGUAUUCCGCAAACGAGCAUAAUGGCGAGGAAUUCCACAGCUCUGAGCAGAACGCCUACCUAGUUGCUGAUGCUGAGGCAUACUAUAAAGCCAUGUACAGCAGAUCAGCAGAUUCUUGGUCUCUCAGAGACUCUCAUAUGUUCGAGACACUACGUCGGUUGCUUAAUGUCAAGUCGGAGUCCUCCAAAGCGGUGGUUUGGGCACAUAAUAGCCAUAUUGGCGACGCUAGAUAUACAAGCAUGGGUACUCGGCGUGGAGAGCUCAAUGUUGGUCAGCUAUGCCGGGAGAAUCUGGGGCAAGAAAAUGUUGCUCUUGUGGGUUGCUUCACGCAUACGGGCACUGUUGCUGCCGCCCAUGAUUGGGACGAGGAUGUCCAAGUGAUGAAAGUAAAUCCAUCUCGACCUGAUAGUUGGGAGUAUGUGGCGCAUGAAAGUGGCAUCCCAAGUUUUCUAUUGGACCUUCGACCUAACCAAGCAGACCCUGAGCUCCGACGAGCUUUGGCUCAGGAACGAAAAGAAAGAUUUAUCGGGGUUGUAUAUCGACCUCAAACCGAAAUGAGGUCUCAUUAUUCUGCAGCUUCUCUGUCUCUCCAAUUCGACGCUAUGGUUUGGUUUGACGAAACUCACGCAGUUACGCCUUUUGAGAUCGCACAACCGCACACGGCUCUUGGUGUUGAUGAAACGUACCCAUUCGGCCUAUAA